ACGUGACAAGAAGUGCAUACAGUAUGCAUGAGCUAACCUGCUGGAGAGAGAGGGAGAGAGAGGGAGGGACCAGCACUAUCGAUUCUUCAGCUGGGCAUCUGCAGUCUAGUGGUCAGUGUUUGCGUGUGUGUGCACGUGUGUGUUCUCUGUUGGCCGGGAGGACAUGAUGUAGCUGCGUUGGUGUCGUUAGGCUGUAUUAUCUGUUCGACAGCCUUGGGUUUAUUAUCCAACCAGGCGUUGCCAGAGCAAGCUGAUAAGGAGACAGAGACGACAAAAAGAGAAGAGCUCCUGUUGUCGGGGAAGGUGAAAGAAGCAAAGACUAAGACCGAGAGGACGUCUUGCUGGUCCGGAUCGUGCUUCCCUGCUCUGCUGCCCCAGCUGACACUGUGCAUGCAGGCUCCAAUGUGCAGGCUCUCCCUGAAGACCGGCUGCUUGUGAGUCCUGUUCCGCUACGCUGUCGUCUUCAUCUCACUUUUGUUGUCAGUGAGAGCACCAGGGCAACCGACAUGCAGAACGUACCGGAGGAGUGGAGGGAAAGAGGGAGCCGCGAUGGUGGACAGGAGAUGGGAAGUAAGUCCUGGGAAGGGGAGCCUCUGCCCCAGAGAGACGGCAGCAGAGGACCCCCGGGGGAACAGGACGCAGCUCUGACUAGGGCCAGGAGGAGAGACCAAGGGGCCUCCGGGGGUGAGGAUAGGGGGGAGACGCGGGGGAAGGGACCGGAGGAGUCGGACAGGGAGUCCCUGAUGAUGGAGCUAAGCCGGCUGGUGCAGAAGACGGUGAAGGAGAGCAGCUGGUGGGAGAGGAGGGGGAUCGACUGCUCCAUCUUGGCUGCUGGAUUUCUGUGCCUCCCUCCAGCCUUCAUGAUGUUAGGCUCCUCCCUGUCCCUGUGCUUCACUGGGGGCCUGUUGCUGAUGGGUUUGGCCCAUGCUGUCAUCACCAUCAAGGGGACUCACCUGGCGAGUCACGGUGCGCUGAGCGAGUCCUCUGCCUGGGCUGAGUUCUGGGGAGUCUUCUUCAUCGAGGUGUGUGGCUCCUUCACAGCGAGAGCGGGAGUGCAGGCUCACAUCAAGAUGCACCACGCCCACACCAACAUCGUGGGGCUGGGAGACUCCAGCAUCUGGAAGGUUCCCUCCCUGCCUCGCAGCGUCUACCUCUUCAUCGCCCCCCUGGCAGUGCCCAUCAUCACCCCUCUGGCAGCCCUGGACCUGGCCUGGAUCCCAGCUCCCAAGCUGUCUCUCUCAUGGUGUUUGUUUAUGUGUGCGUGUGUGUGUGUUUGUGUGUGCAUGUGUGUGUUUUUGUGUGUGUGCGUGUGUGUGCGUGUGAGUGUGUCUGCUACAGGUGAGCUGAGGAGUUCCUCAGUGUGCCACGCUCUGAGGACGGUGUUGAUGAUAGCUUUGGGGAUGUGCUCCCAGUACUGGCUGCUGGUCCAUGUGUCUGGGUUCCAGUCCCCAUACACCACCCUCCUCUGCAUGCUGCUCUGCAGGGCCAUGUCCUCCAUCCCCUACAUCCACGUCAACAUCUUCCAGCACAUAGGCCUGCCCAUGUUCUCCCCGACCCGUCGGCCUAAGAGGAUCUACCAGAUGACCCACGGGGUCCUGAACCUGACACGGAACCCUCUCCUGGACUGGACCUUCGGACACUCGCUCAUCAACUGUCACGUCGAACACCAUCUCUUCCCCUUCCUCUCUGACAACAUGUGUCUGAAGGUGAAGCCCAUUGUGUCCCGGUACCUGAAGGAGAAAGACCUGCCCUACCAGGAGGACUCCUACUUCUCACGCCUGCGCCUCUUCUUCCACAAGUACCAGGAGCUGAUGGUGUUUACCCCGCCCAUCACAGAGCUGGUGGGGGUGCCUUGAUGGAGGGAGGGAAGGGAGGACUGUGGAGAUGGACUUGAAGGAAAAUAACAUUUCACUCAUACAUUCUGCAGAUCAGGCAAUAAUCGACUCUGUGAUCUGCUGCACCUAUCGCUGUUCUAACUUGCAGGAUCCACCCUUAAGAGCACAAGCUCCAACUGGCAUGUACUGCAAAUGGGCUGAGUGUAUUACGAUUUAACUUAAAGGUAUUUAAAUCAGGCACUUUGUCCAUUGUACUAGCGGCACAAUCUACAAAUGUAUGAUUUCUUACUAAUGUGUAGAUAAACAAUGCAAUAACCCAGACAUUGGAGAAUGGUUUUUCAUAAACACUGGCCUGAUGGAUUUGAGAAAUAGUUAGGUUUUGAUCAUGUCCAAUCUCUGUCCAGAGUGUGGCUUGACUGUUAUUUCAUUUUAAAUGUUGUGACAUGGAGGAGAAUAAUCAAGACUUUGACCUUGGCAUUCACCCCACUGAAGGAGAACAGUUGAUAGGAGUUGUGUCUGAGUUUCUUUUGCUGUGUUUAUAAAACAGAAACAAUUCUUGUUUGCGCUCCUGUUAUCUUCAGACUUACUAAUAUCCUUCAUCCUUGAGGUGAUUAUAACCCAGCAAUUUAAAACUCCA